CGAAGGCGGGUGGGCCGGCUCGGGCCGGGGCCAUGGGAAAGGACUACUACCAGACGCUGGGCCUGGCCCGCGGCGCCUCUGAGGACGAGAUCAAGCGCGCCUACCGACGGCAGGCGUUGCGCUAUCACCCUGACAAGAACAAGGACCCUGGUGCUGAGGAGAAAUUCAAGGAGAUCGCCGAGGCCUACGAUGUGCUCAGUGACCCGCGCAAACGUGACAUCUUCGAUCGCUACGGAGAGGAGGGUUUAAAAGGUGGUGGCUGCACCAGUGGGAACAGUGCAGUCCCUAAUGGUGCUUCCUUCAGCUACACAUUCCAUGGAGACCCUCACGCCAUGUUUGCCGAGUUCUUUGGAAGUCACAAUCCCUUUGACAGUUUCUUUGGGCAACGGAACGGAGACGAGGGCAUGGAUACUGACAGCCCCUUUGCCAGCUUUCCGAUAGGCAUGGGGAGUUUCAGCAGCAUGAAUUUCGGCGGCUCCCGUCAACCCCCAGAACAACCUCGCCGGAAACAGGAUCCACCCGUCACCCAUGACCUGAGAGUCUCACUGGAAGAGAUCUAUAGUGGCUGUACCAAGAAGAUGAAAAUCUCCCACAAAAGGCUGAACCCUGAUGGAAGGAGCAUCCGCAAUGAGGAUAAGAUUCUGACCAUCGAAGUGAAGAAAGGGUGGAAAGAGGGGACCAAGAUCACCUUCCCUAAAGAGGGGGACCAGACCUCAACCAACAGCAUUCCAGCCGAUAUCAUCUUCGUUUUAAAGGACAAGCCUCACAGCAUCUUCAGGAGAGAUGGGUCUAACGUGAUCUACCCAGCAAAGAUCAGCCUCCGUGAGGCCUUGUGUGGCUGCACUGUGAAUGUCCCAACACUGGAUGGCAGGAGCAAAUCGAUCGUGUUCAAGGAUGUCAUCAGACCCGGAAUGCAUUGGAAAAUUGCUGGAGAAGGUCUCCCCCUCCCUAAAACACCUGAGAAACGGGGGGACCUUAUUAUCGAGUUUGAAGUGACAUUCCCUGAAAGGCUUCCCCAGUCUUCAAAGAGCACCCUGGAACAGAUCCUGCCCAUGUAAGAAGCAUCUCAUUCCCAAGAACUGAACCGGCGAUGCUUCGGAAGGCCAAGGAUUUCCAGUCUGCCGGCAUAAGAGAGGGGUCAGGGAACGUUUUAAUGUAGCUGAUUUGCUUUCCGGAUAAUAUAUCACUCAGCUUUGAAAGCUUGUA